GCCAGAUUUGGUAACUGAGAUUAUUUAGGGAGUUGGGUUAUUAAAAAAACUAAGAAAACUCGUUAAUACUUAAUACAAUACUUACCUGAAGCCGUAUUAUAAUCUCUUGGAGCAACAUAAGUUCAUUUUUUAGAGUGAGACAGGUAGGUUAGGCAGUGCACCAUUCCGCUUCAGCCCUUGGUUUUGCCUCGCGUUAUGAGGUCGUAUUCCGGAUUCUGGACCAGUCAUGCUUAAUACUUUUGUUUUUUUUUAGUUUUCAUCCUUGAGGAUGGACUAUUUAAGCGGUUGGUGUAAAAGCAAGCGUCGUUUGGAGGGGAUCACUGCUAUCGUUACCGGUUCCAAUACUGGUAUAGGCAAAGAAACUGCGGCAGACUUCUUUACUCGAGGUGCCCGAGUAAUAAUAGCAUGCAGAGACGUAAAAAAAGGCGAUGCCGCUAAAAAAGUAAUUGAAAAUUCGAUUACCGAUUCCAGAAAAGGGGAGAUCGUGGUUGAAAAGUUAGACUUAUCUAGUCUGAGCUCUAUUCGAGAAUUCGUUAAGAGAAUAUUAGAAAACGAGAAACAUAUCAAUAUUUUGGUGAACAACGCUGGUGUGAUGAUGUGCCUCGAAGGCAAGACUGAGGACGGGUUCGAGACACACAUGGGGACAAAUCAUUUGGGACACGCGCUACUAACACUAUUGUUAUUGCCUAUUCUCAUGCGUAGCGACGCUUCAAGGAUAGUCUGCGUGUCAUCGUAUUUACAUCUCAAGGGUCAGCUGGAUUUAGAAGACAUGAAUUUCGAAAAGACUCCCUAUGAUGCUUACAAGGGCUACUGUAAAAGCAAGGCCGCAAAUGUUUUGUUUGCAAGGGCACUUGCGAACGAAUUAAAGAAACGGGGUAUUAAAAACGUUACCACAUACAGUUUGCAUCCAGGCGUGGUUAGCACAGAGAUCGGGAGGCACUUCAGCGAAUCCGUGAUAUGGGGUGCUUCAUGGAUCUUCAACAACAUUAUCACUUACUUUUCCAAAUCACCGAAAUGUGGCGCACAAACGAGCAUUUAUUGCGCCAUUGACGAGGGUUGCUCCCACGAAUCGGGGUUGUACUACGCUGACUGUGCCGUAUUGAAGCCAUCGACGCAGUGUCAAGAUGACGAGUUCGCUGCAAAAUUUUGGGACUGGACCAUACAAAGUUUAAAAUUGCAAGAUUACGACGCAUUUCAAACUCUAAAUUAAUAAGUACCUAAACUGCGCUUCAUUGAAUACUAUGAAUUAUCAUUAAAACAUUUGGUCCCUUGAAUCAAUUUUACUGUAUGAGUGACAAUGAGUAAUCUUACCUGUAGACUGCGAAUAUUGUGCAUUAAAAAAAAUUAAAAAGCCCAUUUUUAUUCAAAAUUGCGAAAGAAUGUUAAGUGCGUACAAAUCCAAAUUGCGUAAUGAAAAGUAUCGGAAGGGGGUUUCAAAUAUAUAAAAAAAUAUCAAUAACAUCAUCUUUUAUAGGAAGAGUUGACACGACAUUCCGGUGAGGGCAGAACUUCUUAGAUGUCGAUUCUGCACGAAUCUCUAUCUAAACUUAAAUUUGACAACAGUGUAUCCUUGUCAUUCUCCUCUAUACAGAAUGAAAACGAGAGACUGAUGUUAAAUUUAGUUUUAAGUUUAGAGAAUCACGCCAGGGUCGACGUUUUAACACAAGUGAUCAGUUUUUGUACUAUAAAAUGUUUAGCAUUUGGAAAAUUAAAUAAGUUGUUUACACUUCUAGCUAAAUAUUAUAUUGUAAUUUUGUUAAAUAAAAGAAAAAAAUGAUUCCUAAUUGUUAUCAGUAGUAUCACUGGUGAAUAUGAUAAGACAAGAAUGAUCACUAAUAUUGAUAUUAUUGUAAAAAUCUGAAAUGGAACUGUACUUAAAAAAAUGUAAACAGCUGAAUAUGUAACUAUGUAUUUAGUUUAUUGCUGGUUAUUUUAUAAUCAUUGUAACAGAACUUUUUUGUUAAAUAUUUCACAAUAUAUUUACAAUUUAUAUAAUCUUGUGUAUUUUGUGUUUUCUUUGAAUAUUAGCAAUUAUUUGAAUUGUUUUAAGUAUCUCUUACUGAUGAAAUAACAAUCAUUUACCUAGUUUAUACUCAAAAAAGUUUUAUUUUGAUGUAAGGAUUCACCAUUCUGCCUUACAUCUCCAACUGCUGAGGCCCCCUUCAUAACACAUGCCAUUAAUGUUGUUUUAUAUAAUACAUAAACAUUUGUACAUCCAACAAUGAAAACUUUUUAUUACACUUUUGCUGUAGUAAAAUGGUAUAAAUAUAAAUUAUAAAAUCAUAACAGUUUAUACUAAUCACAGGGCUGAAAAUAUAUUUUAAACAUAGUUUUCAUACAUACAUCCUUUGUAGUGAUCACAUCACUUAAUCGUAAAAAUAAAUAACAAACUGUCUCAACAAAUGAAACAAAAAUUAACUAGAAAUAUGACUAACUGCUUAUAUUAAUUCAUGGAUAUAAUGCUUUUCUAAAAAUUUCAUAGGACGCAUUUAUUAUACCCCAACUUAUAAAUGCUCUUGAUAUAUUAAGUAAUGCUCCAUGAUAGAAGUUAGCAAACUUUGAACCUCUUUUGUGUAAAAUAUAUCUAAAUUCAUACAAAAUUGUUCUAUGGCCUCCACCCAGUUCACAUUGCAUUGCUAUCUUUAUGACAUUGAGGGGGUAAAACAGGGUACUCAAAAACGCUCCAAUUGAUGCUCCUGCUAAGAAAUUUUGUAAGCUUGCAUAAAAAAUUAAUUUCUGCUGGGGUAGUUUAUCUUUGAUUUCAUCUCUAAUAAUAAAAAACAUGGCAUUGGAAGGGCCAUUUCUGUACAAUAUAGGUAUGAGACCUCUAUAAAAUUCUUUGAUACCAUAAUGCUUUGAAAUAUAUCUAGCAGCGUGUCCUGUGUUUUUGAAUUCUUGAUGAAACUUUGGAUGAAUGAGUAAAGUUUGUAAUCUCUCGAAAGGCAUUAGAGUUGCUUCGAAACAACCUGCCACUACACCAGCCACAGUUUUAGCAACAUAUGGAUUAACUUUAUGAUCUAACAGUGGCCUUAAACACUCAUCAUAUACACCAAACAUAAGAGACAUUGACAAUGUUCUUUGCAACAAAGGUGGUAACAUACCACGGUAUAAGUAAGCCAAGCCCUCUUUCUGAAGUUGAUUCAGUGCAAAUGUAGCUUCAACACCAUGCAUCAUCUGUCUAAAUAUGAGUUUAUUUAGAGGAUAACUGAUAAUAAUAUUACAGAAGGCUGACCCUCCUCCACAAACAAACUCUUUCCAGUGAAUGAGUGGUUGUGGUGAUGACAUUGCGACUUCUAUGCCUGCAUCCUUUAGACGACGUGUCUCUAGAAGCUGCUGUUCACUAAUAUCCAUUUUUCUUUUACAAUCACAUGACAACAUUAUUUCAGCUCCAUUAUCUAAAUAAACAAAAGUUGACAUCUAGUAUUAGACGGAAACAGCAGCAAGCAAGAAUGCAGACCAGAUGGAUAGAACUUAUAUUACAUGGGCACUACAAACAUAGCGAUAAGUGUCUUGAGUACAUAUUAAUCGAAACUUCAAUGAGCAUUACAUUUCCAUGUCAAUUUAUUACGUAAAAUAGUUUAAAAAAUAAAGUACUUUAAAGAUAUGAAAAGUAGCAAGUGAUGUUUAAAGUCAGAUCAAUAUACAAACCUACAUUGCGUAUUUUAUUUGGUAAUAAAAAAAAUAAACAUCUAUUAGCUGUUAGUUAACAUCACUAAGCAUUUCUUCAAUAUUUUCUAAAACUACCUAACCAAAUUGUACACAAAAAAUGACAGGGAAAUGUCAAAAAUGUGUCAUUGGCCUGUGCCUGUGCCGCG